UGUUCCCAGCGGCCAGAAAGGCCCGCACCCCGGCAGGAUGAAGGCGCUCAUGGCCGCUCUGCUGGCCCUGCUGCUGUGCAGACAGCCAGGUGCCCCCGCGCAGCCGGGGCGAGGACAGGCACAGGACGACCUGGACCACACAGAGGAGGACGAGGACGAGGACGAGCAGGGGGACGAGGAGGAGGACGAGGACGAGGACGAGGAGGCCGGCGCGCCUGCGGGCAGCAGAGGAGGAGGGCUGCAGUGCUACGCCUGCCAGAGCCUGCCCCAGCAGGAGCACUGCCACCAGACGCACAGCUGCCACCCAGACAAGCCCUUCUGCAACACCAUCAUCUCCGAAGGGGACACAGGAUCCGGUCCUCUGACCAGUUACUCGGGGUGGUGCUCGGCCGAGUGCAAGCCCAUCACCAGGAUGACAGGCGGGACCCUGAUAACCAUGACCUGCUGCCAGACCAACCUGUGCAACACCCCGCCCUGGCAGAGCCAGCCUGGCACUGGGGCGGGGGGCCCCCAGGGCAGCUCCGAAACUGUGGCCACUGCCCUCCUGCUCAGCCUCCUCCCUGGCCUCGGGGCUAUGGGGUCCUGAGCUCGGCGGCUCCCCUCCACCCCAGCCUGGCUCGUCCCCGGGGCCAGGGCCGCAUCCGAGGCUGUGCCCCGCUCUCCCCACCCCACCCCACCCCACCCCACCCACCCGCUUUGGAGAAUAAACUCGGACAGCCGGCCCCCGCCCCUCC